AGUGCCUCAGGUUUCGGGCGCCCCAGGCGGGACCCAUUAAAGGGGGUCUGACUUUUAGGAAGUCCUGAGCACCUGCCCUCUCAGAUCACCCGUGGCCGGCCCCGGGCUGCGCUAAGGCGUGGAACAGACGCAGGCGGGGGCUGGGAUAUGAGGGGGGUUGUACCGCCUAAGCAACUCACAGCCCGCCUCAGGCUGAGCGCGCUCACUGCGGGCGGGAACGCGGCUCACCGCCGCGCGGCGGGGCUGCUCUCCUCAGCUGGCGACUUUGCCGCUUCAGGGCCGAGCGGGACCAGGGGGGCCGAGCGGGACCAGGGGGGCCACUCCUCUGUGCCCAGUCCCUGCGCUGCUCCCACUCCCACACUCCCUCCUGCCGGUCCCCGCCUCCCGCCGGCCGGCCAGUGGAGGAGGGGACGGGGCGGGGGAUGCAGCCCGCCCUGGAGUUGCUCCAGCAGCUCGCGCAGAGGCUCCAGAGCCCGACUCGCCCUCCGAGCCGGCAGCGCCCAGCGAGCGGCUUCCCGGGUCUGGCCGGGAUGGCGCGUACCUGUGCCCUGCCGCGCCCUCCGCCCAGCGCAGCAGCCACGCCCGGGGACCUGCCCUGGCUCAACCUCUCCAGCCGCCCGGAGGCGCUGGGCAACGCGUGCGCGGCCGGCGCGGGGCAGCUGCUUCAGCACCACGGCCAGUUCUCCGCCGGCCUCUCGGUGCUGCUGGCCGCGCUCAUGGGGCUGCUGGUGCUGGCCACCGUGCUGGGCAACGCGCUGGUCAUCCUGGCCUUCGUGGUGGACCGGAGCCUCCGCACCCAGGGCAACUUCUUCUUCCUCAACCUGGCCCUCGCCGACCUCCUCGUGGGUGGCUUCUGCAUCCCUCUCUACAUCCCCUACGUGCUGACGGGCGAGUGGAAGUUCGGCAAGGGCUUGUGCAAGCUCUGGCUGGUGGUGGAUUACCUGGUGUGCACCGCCUCCGUCUUCAACAUUGUCCUCAUCAGCUUCGACAGAUUCAUUUCCGUUACCAAAGCGGUGAGUUACAGAGCUCAGAAGGGGAUGACUAGAAAUGCCAUUUUAAAGAUGAUAAUCGUAUGGAUUGCAGCUUUUCUUCUCUAUGGACCAGCCAUCAUCAGUUGGGAGUAUAUUGCUCAAAAAACUAUCCUCCCUGAAGGAGAGUGCUAUGCUGAAUUCUUCUACAAUUGGUAUUUCCUAAUGAUUGCUUCCACUAUUGAAUUCUUUACACCUUUCAUUAGCGUUACAUACUUUAACUUAAGCAUUUACAUCAACAUAAGGAAACGCACUCCCAUGAGAAAUGAAAACCUAGCACCUGAUCAAGAGGACUGUGAAACAAGUUUCCAAGGGAAAAAAAGAGAGCAUGUAAUAUUUUUUGUAAAACCUACUGACAGACAGAGAGAUAAGAAAAGAAGAGCAAGUAGCCUUUCACCCACUAGACCCUGCAGUUCAAAGCUCAGCUUAUGUAAACUUGAUAACCAGUCGCUAGAUUUUAAUGUCGGUCAAGAUUUACCACCCUUACAGGUGGAUGUUGAAACUAAAGAACCCAGGGGCAGUCUUUACAAAGCUAUAGAAAACGUUUGCAACACCACAAGAAGAACAGAUAUUGCCAACAGCAUGGCAAACAGAGUUAGACUUUCCCGGGACAAACGAGUAGCCAAGUCUUUAGCAAUUAUUGUCUGUGUGUUUGGUUUGUGUUGGGCUCCUUAUACACUUCUGAUGAUCAUUAGAGCAGCUUGUCAUGGGCAAUGUGUGCAUCAUUCUCUCUACGAGACUUCAUUUUGGCUUCUGUGGCUGAACUCAGCUAUUAACCCUGUUUUAUACCCACUGUGCCACAUGAGCUUUAGAAAAGCUUUUAUAAAACUGCUGUGUCCUGGUAAGGCUAAAAUUCAUCCCCACAUUUUUAUGUAAAAUUAUAUAAGAAAAAUGAGCUUGUUAUGUAGAAACACUAAUUGCUUCUAAAAGGAACCUACUGGUGCUGCUUUGGUUUAGGUCCAUGAAUUAGGACUACCCCUGCUUACUUUAAGUCAGGGUAGACUUAGGAGAAUUUAAAGAUCAAUAAAAAUACAAAUAAAUCAGAGAAAGAUUUAUAACAUUGCGAUGCUAAUGCAUCACAACCAGAAAGUGACCCUAUCUAGUCUGUUUUCAUUCAAAGCAGAAUGACAUGCAAAAAGGCAAACAGCAUUCCUGUGAAAAAAGUAAAGUAAGAGUUUGCAAAGUCUUUCACCUUUAAUACUUUCAGGUGUUAACAGGUUAGGAUUUUUUCUUAAAAUAUGAUCUAUAACCUGAUAAAAUUCCCUUUAAUUACUUUGCAAUGAUAAAGUGUAGACGACAUCUGCAGGCCAUAAAAAUACAGAGUACAGAAAGUAAAAAUACUGCAAGAAUUAAUGUAAGUUAAAAAAUAGAGUCAAGUUUGAAAAAAAGAUGUAUUUUUCAGAAGGAACUGGUUAAAUUUACAGUAUUUUUAUCCAUCCACUGAUUUAUCCCUCCAUUAAAAUAAUCAAAAUGUACAGAGAAAGUUUAAGAAAAGGUAAGCUGUGUGUGGACUUAUCAACGUGUAAGCAGUAUUGCACCAAAUUACUGUAUGUACAUUUAUAAACAAUGCUGCACUAAGGACCUAAUUCAAAAUUCACUAAAAUCUUCCUUGGCUGAAGUGAGUUUUGGAUAGGGGACCAAAUAUCUGUGCGUGUUCUUAAAAAGAAUAUCACACCAUCGUACUCUUGCUUGUGUAUAAUGCCAUACCAAAAAAACAGCAGCCUAUUUUAUACCUAUGUAAGUCUAUAAAACUAAAGUGAAUAGAGAACAAUCACGAAUGAAUAAAAUGUAUUUGAUAAGUAACAGGAAGGUUUAAGAGUUAACAACACUGGAUGGGUAUAUGGAAAUGUGUACUACUCUAAAUAUGAAUGUUGAUGUGGCUUAUUUUGGGGCUAUUGAGAGAAGAGAUUAAUAGAAGGAAGAAAAAUGUGGGCUCAUAAGAGUCUAAUUUUAGUUUUGCUAUUUUGUCAUGUUAGCAGUCUGUUAGUACAGAGUCCAGCAUAAUGUCAAUGGGCAUUAGGGUCAAAGUUGCAGAGAAAUAUAAACAUGUGCUCCAAUUACAUGUGGUAGUAUAACAGUAUAUAUUUACCCUACAGGCAUCUUUUUAAAUCUAUGAACAGUGCUUAAAGUGAUCCUAAAUGUUUUUAUGCAUCUCACUAUCCACAAUGAUGGUCUCAAAUAAAAAUUAGUAUUAGACUAAAAUUGAUUUCCUGCUACUGCAAGAUUUUAAGUGAAUGAAAAUAUGUUUAGACAAACAGAUAUUGGCUGAAAUUCAUUUUUAAAAACACUCAAAUCUUUCAAAGCCUAGUUAUAUACAGUCAGAUCAGACACAUUCAGUGAAAAUCCAGGGAAACACCCCCAAAAUAAAACAAAGUAAAAAAUAUAAACAUGCAGUCUGAAUCCUUCAAAAUGUACAUCCUUUUGCAAAUAAAAAUGGUUUGCCUUUUUUAAAGACUGUGUCCAAUGGCCCAUCAGAAAGUUACCAGUGGUAAGUGAAACUAUUGACACAUUAGGCCCAAUACAAAUCCUUACUAAUCUUUUAUUCAAGUCCACCUCCUACCCUCCCAUCCCCAUCUUAUCCAGCGAAGACUGUUCUCCGCAGAGUCUCUACCCGGGCGGGGCUUAGGAGAUGGCAAUAGGAAAAAAAGACAUUGAAAAAAAUCUCCUUUUCUCAAAUAUUCGUAUGGGAUACACUACCAGUCAAGCACUUAUAUUAUUUGGAGCAAAUCCUGUCCCUAGAAAACAGCCAUGCUGUGCAUUGAGGCAGGCAGGGGAGAGAGAAUGACCAGCCAUGGAAUGUCAGCGCAUAGCCACUCCAUAACCAAUGAGAUAGUUGUGUAGCUCGUCUACAUAAUACUUUGUCCUGUUCCCUUCCAGGCCUAUGAAAUACCAGUCCCACUACUCUUGCCCUCCUAAACCGAUCUGUGAGAGUGAAAUGCAGGAAGCACCCACAGAAGACAGAGCUCCACAGCAUGCUCCCCAGGCCCACAGAAAGAUACUGCAGUGGUUCUGCUGCGUUCAGGUGUGUCUGCGUUAAUUGGAGAGGUGAAAGCAUGAUUUGGCUUUUUACCUCUUCAGUUCUCUCAUCUUUCUCCCUUCACCUCAAUGG